AUGCACAAGAGAGACUUAUCCGAUUUUGAACAAGGAAUGAUAGUAGAACUUCACUUGGCUGGAAAAAGCGAAAGAGACAUAGGUAAGAUAGUAAAGGUAGGUAAAACCACUGCACAUGAUGUUAUAUCAGCUUACAAUGAAGAUGGAAAGACGACAGUAGUGCCUAGAACUG